AUGUCUGCCAUCACCAAGGUUCUCGCCCGCCAGGUUGAGGUCACCACCGAGAAGGGUCUCUUCCACGCCGAGGUCCCCUCGGGUGCCUCGACUGGUGCCCACGAGGCCGUCGAGCUCCGUGACGGCGGCAAGGACUACGUUGGCAAGGGUGUGUCCAAGGCCGUCGCCAACGUCAACACUAUCAUUGGCCCCGCUCUUAUCGAGUCCAAGCUCCCUGCCACCUCGCAGAAGGAGAUUGACGAUCUCAUGAUCAAGCUUGACGGUACCCCCAACAAGGGCAAGCUCGGCGCCAACGCCAUCCUCGGUGUCUCGAUGGCCGUUACUGAGGCCGGUGCCGCCGACGCUGGCCUCCCCCUCUACGCCUACCUUGCCAAGCUCGCCGGCGUCUCGGAGCCCUACAUCCUCCCCUGCCCCGCCUUCAACGUUAUCAACGGUGGCUCGCACGCCGGUAACGCCCUUGCCUUCCAGGAGUUCAUGCUCCUCCCCACCGGCGCCGCUUCGUUCACCGAGGCCAUGAAGAUGGGUUCGGAGACCUACCACGUCCUCAAGAAGGUCAUCACCAAGAAGUACGGCAUUGACGCCGUCAACGUCGGUGACGAGGGUGGCUUUGCCCCCAACGUUUCGGGCGCCGAGGAGUCGCUCGACCUCCUUACCGAGGCCAUUGAGCAGGCCGGCUACACUGGCAAGGUCCAGAUCGGUCUCGACGUUGCCUCGUCCGAGUUCUUCAAGGACGGCAAGUACGACCUCGACUUCAAGAACCCCAACUCGGACGCCUCCAAGUGGCUCACCGGUGAGGAGCUCGGUGCCCUCUACCACGGCUACUCGGAGAAGUACGACAUCUGCUCGAUCGAGGACCCCUUCCACGAGGACGACUUUGACGCCUGGGCCCACUACAUGAAGACCGCCACCAUCCAGAUCGUCGGCGACGACCUCCUCGUCACCAACCCCCUCCGCAUCAAGCAGGCCAUCGAGAAGAAGGCGUGCAACGCCCUCCUCCUCAAGAUCAACCAGAUCGGUACCAUCUCCGAGUCCAUCCAGGCCGUCCAGCUCUCGCAGUCCAACGGCUGGGCCGUCAUGACCUCGCACCGCUCCGGUGAGACCGAGUCGACCUUCAUUGCCGACCUCGCCGUUGGUCUCCGCACCGGGUACAACCAGCUCCUCCGUAUCGAGGAGGCCCUUGGCGACAAGGCCCUCUUCGCUGGCGGCAAGGGCCUCUCGAAGGGUGUCACCGCCCCCCAGCUGCACUCGGAGUAG